AUGUACGGUAAUAACCAGUCCCCGCCUCCGGGCCAAUAUCCGCCUCCCCAUGGACAGUAUCCGCCUCAAGGGUACCCUCCUCAGCAGGGCGGCCAAUAUCCCCCUCCUCAGCAAGGCGGUCACUAUCCACCUCCGCACAGCCCGUAUCCUCCCCAGCAAAGCAGCCCGUAUCCUCCCCAAGGCCAGCAUCCUCCGCAAAGCAACCCUUAUUAUCCUCACCAGGGUGGUUACCAGCCGCCGCCACCGCUUCCAGGUCAGCACCAAGGGUACGGAGCUCCUCCCCCUCCCGGCCCGCCUCCGGGACAGUACGGCGCGUCGCCACUCCAGCAGUACGGAGCACCACCGCCUCAACAGUAUGGAGCACCACCACCGCAGCAGUAUGGCGCUCCCCAAUAUGCGCCCCCAGGAGGAGGAGGUCCUCCGACCCAGCCCAGUCCCGGUUACGGUCCUCCACAGAUCAUACAGUGGGAUGCGAGUCCUGAUGCCCGGGCGCUGCGUAGUGCUAUGAAAGGAAUCGGCACGGAUGAGAAGACUCUAAUCCGCGUGCUGGCUACUAAAGAUCCUCUACAGAUCGAAAAUAUCAAGAGCACCUACUUCCGCGACCAUAGCCGCACUCUCGAGAAGGACAUCCUUUCCGAGACGCGGGGCUGGUUCGAGACGGGACUUGUCGCAAUUAUCAGAGGCCCUUUGCUCCAUGACAUACACCUACUUCACUCGGCGAUGGACGGGCCCGGAACGAAGGAAAAGGUGUUGAACGACGUGUUGCUGGGACGCAGCAAUGCGGACAUGAAGGCGAUCAAGGGCAUGUAUCAGCACACCUUCAACCGGCCACUCGAGACUGAUAUCAAGGGGGACCUAUCGAUGAAGACAGAGCGCCACUUCCUUAUUGUCACAGGCGCAAAUCGUGCCGAAGACAGCGCGCCCGUAAUUCCUCAAGCAAUCAAUCAGGACGUUACGGAGCUCUAUCGCGCCACCGAGGGCAAGGUGGGCACCGAUGAGAUGAUAGUAUGCUCGAUACUGUCUACGCGCAACGACAACCAGAUACGCGCCAUCAACCACGCCUACGAGCAGAAGUUUAGAAGACGACUGGAAGAUGUGAUCAGAAAGGAGUUCCGCGGUCACAUGGAAGAAGCUCUUCUGUACCAGCUCCGGCAUGCCACCGACAAGUACAUGCACGCCGCGGCCCUGCUCGAAGACGCCAUGGCUGGUUUGGGCACCAAGGACCACCUCCUGGUCUCCAGAGUGGUCCGUUAUCACUGGGAUCAGUCAGCGAUGGCGAACAUCAAGGGAGCAUACCAGCAGCGCUAUCACAAGAGUCUCGCCAGUCGCAUCAAGGGCGAGACCAGUGGCGACUACGGAAGACUCAUGCUUGCUUGCAUUGGUGAACGUGUGUAG